AACAAAUAUUACGAUUUAAUAGAAGCCGAACAGAAAUUCAAAAUGUGGCUCGAAAUCCGAAACAAUAAUCUACCACAUAGCAUCUUAAGAAACAUGAUCAUUUUAAAACUAUCGUUGUUUAGACUUAGACAUAUGUCAUCAAGUUUGUGAUUAUCCCAUUAUUAAAGCUAUUAUUUUUUGAUCAUAUCUUCAAUUAUACCCUAUCCGGUUACUUUUAUGAUUAUCUAUAGUUAAAAUAAUAUUAAUUAUUUCUUAAGAAUACAAGGAGGUAUCGUAAAUUUCUAUGCGUAUUUACAUUCUUCUUCUGUAUCGGUUCUUCCCCCUCUUUCUUCGUAUGAUCCCCGCCAUCCCAUGUGAUUCUACUUCUUCUUCUAAAAGCAUCAAUCACAAUUCUCUGUAAUCUCACGGCGGAGAUCCAAUUUCAACGUUACACUAGCGGCCGUCGGAAGGUAGGACCGGUCGGACCUUUUUACAGACGGCUCAAUUUUAUCCACCAUGAAUACCGAGUAUGAUUAUUUAUUCAAGCUUCUCCUGAUUGGAGAUUCAGGAGUUGGUAAAUCAUGUCUUCUGCUUAGAUUUGCUGAUGACUCAUAUCUUGACAGUUAUAUCAGCACAAUCGGUGUCGACUUCAAAAUCCGCACUGUGGAUCAAGAUGGAAAGACCAUUAAGCUUCAAAUUUGGGACACUGCUGGACAGGAAAGGUUCAGGACCAUUACUAGCAGCUACUAUCGUGGGGCCCACGGCAUUAUUAUAGUCUAUGAUGUUACUGACCUAGAAAGUUUCAAUAAUGUGAAACAAUGGUUGAGUGAAAUUGAUCGUUAUGCAAGUGAAAAUGUAAACAAACUUCUAGUUGGUAACAAAUGUGAUCUUACUGAAAGUAGGGCUGUUUCAUUUGAUACUGCAAAGGAAUUUGCGGAUGAAAUUGGCAUUCCAUUUAUGGAAACUAGUGCCAAAGAUGCCACCAAUGUGGAGCAAGCUUUCAUGGCUAUGUCUGCUGAUAUCAAGAACAGGAUGGCAAGUCAACCUUCAACAAACAAGAGGCCGCCUACUGUGCAGAUCAAAGGGCAACCAAUUAGCCAAAAGAGUGGCUGCUGCUCAUCUUAGCUUAUUCAUUCAUCACCAUUCAUUUCCAGGUUUUUGCAAGUCUUUAUGAUUAUUAUUAUUUGGGUUGUAAACUGUAAGGAUUGUUUACUGCUAGUGUUCAUUUGCUUGCAGUUACAAUCUGUUUGCAACCAUAAAUCCAUUUCUGUUUGAAUUUUGGCAUACUUAUAAAUAGUAUUUUUGAAUAAGAUACCAAUUGGGUAGUCUCUGUUUUAUUUUAUAAUUUCCUUGUGAUAAUGGUUUAUUGUCCCUUGAUUACAUGUAUUUUAUUUUUGACUUAUGGACUUAAUGGGUUAAACAUUCAAUGGUGACAACUACGCACGGUUGUUUGUUUUUACUUUAUCUGGACAUAGUCAC